CCGAUUUUACAAGCCAACGAGAAUACAAAAACACGAACUCGAUCCUCCAAACUUUCACCAUCGGCGGCCAUGGCGGAUCCGUCACCGCCUUCUUCUUCGUCGUUCGCCGGGAAGCAAUCUCGUCGUGUGAACUCUGAGAUUUCAGAGAGAUUAAUUUUCGCUGCGGUGCAGGGAAAAUCGUGUCCGGUGUGCUUGGAAAACCUAGCUGAUCGUCGAGUCGCCGUUAUCACGGCGUGCAAGCACGCCUACUGCUCCGGUUGCAUCCGACGUUGGAGCUCCGUCAAGAGGAACUGCCCCCUCUGCAACAGUCACUUCGAUUCGUGGCUUUAUGUGAUCGAUUUGGGCUCCGGAAAGUUCCUCAAGGAAGAGCUACCGCCUCUCUCGGAGCGUAAAACCGUAAAUUUCCGUCGUCGGCGGAGCUCCGGUGGUCACCGGAGGUUAAUUCAAAUUUCAAGGCAAGGUUUUGACAACUCUGGUUCAAGAUCAAGGCCAUUGCCAUGGCGGCGGUCAUUUGGAAGGCCAGGAUCAGUUCCUGAUCAUGUCAUCCACGAGAGAAAGCUUCAGUGGCGUGCCAGUAUAUACGAAAGGAAUUUGCGAGCUACUCUGGCAUCUACAAGGAAAAGCUUCGAACAGAGAAUCCGGUGGAAUGAUCAGACGAAAGCAAUGAUACUACAAAAGAUCGAGCCUUGGAUUAGAAGGGAGCUGCAGGUAGUGCUUCGAGAUCCUGAUCCAUCCAUCGUUGUCCAUGUUGCUUCAUCCCUUUUCAUUGAGAGCCUCGAGAGAAAGCAUGAUCAGUAUUCUGGGCAAACAGGAAUGCCGGUUGAUGAAUUAUCCUCACUGCGAAAAUUCUUGCACGAUAAGGUGGAGAUCUUUUGGCAUGAACUAGGAUGUUUUGCGGAGAGCACUCUUAACCUGGAGACAUACGACACAGUUGUCGAAUACAUCCGAAUAGACGGGACACAAGAAAGCGCAGCGUCGGAUGAAUGUAUCUUCUGAAUUUGGACAAACUUCGUGUUUUAACGGAUACUUUUUCUGUAUAUUACACGAAAUCCAUGUCUCUUGAAAUUUAAUUUGUGAGAAUUUGACAGCAAAUGGGUCUUUUUUUUAUUUUCUGAAUUGUUUCCAACAGGAUUGCAAACAAAUUUCCAGAUGUUAUGCUGCCAAGGGCAACGUGUGACAAUACAGGUCUUGUUAUAAAUGAAAAUUACAAAUUUCAAUA